CCAAAAAUAAUAUUUCUCAACAAUAAACUCUCAUAAGCAACAUAACACAUCAUAACAGUAUGGAUAAGAAAAAUAAAUCGAAACCAAAAUCUAAGCCGAAGCGUUUGAAGCCCAACAAGGAGUCAAGCACAGCGCUGGAUGUGGAUCUGUGGGAGCAAAAUGAAGAUCGCUUCACAACCGUUGAACUGCCUGCCAGCGCUAAAGUGCCGAACAACAACAGCAAUGUCACAACCGCAGCUGCCACAAGCACCAAAACCGUUGGCAGUAGCGGCAGCGCACAACACGGCAAAGCCAUCAGCAUUCGAAUCGGUGGUGAUGGUGGCGGUGAUGGACCAGGCGGCACAACUGCCUGCGAACCCAUCGAUGUGAUCACCUAUCCACCGAACACACCAACCACGCCAGCAACUAAAGUCGCCAUCGGCGGUGGUGAUUCGGGCGCAGCGCUAAUUUCGCUCGACACCGGCGAUCCUAAUGAACCGGAACGUGGCAAUUGGACGGGCCGUUUCGAUUUUCUACUCUCACUGCUCGGGUACUCGGUGGGGCUGGGCAAUGUGUGGCGCUUCCCGUAUCUUUGCUACAAUAAUGGUGGCGGCGCCUUCCUCAUACCCUUCACAAUAAUGUUAAUUAUCGCCGGUCUACCGCUCAUGUUCAUGGAGCUCUCAUUCGGCCAGUAUGCCGCUUUGGGGCCUGUGGCCAUUUAUCGUCGCUUCUGUCCGCUGUUUCGUGGUCUCGGCGCUGGCAUGGUUAUCGUUUCGGCCAUUGUAAUGCUCUACUAUAAUUUGAUUAUUGCCUGGACAAUAUUCUAUAUGUGCGCCUCAUUUCGGCGUGAGUUGCCAUGGCAGAACUGUGAGGCCGCAUGGAGUACUGAAAACUGUUUCUCUUACGAAAUGGCCGAUCAAUGCGAUGCCGUGAAUGGCACAUUCUACUUGAGAACAUGCUAUAAUAUUAGCUAUGCCGAGGAGCAUAAUAUCACCGAAUUAGCGCUACAUGCGCUAAAGCGACCACCAGCUGAGGAGUACUUCACUAACUAUGUGUUGGGCUUAUCUUCUGGCAUUGAAGAAACCGGCGGCAUAAAAGUGGAGCUAGCUGCCUGUCUAUUUGUCGCUUGGGCUAUAGUUUUCCUGUGUCUCUGCAAAGGCGUUCAAUCUUCCGGCAAAGUAGUCUACUUUACCGCGCUCUUUCCUUAUGUUGUGUUAGUUAUACUGUUCUUCAGAGGUGUGACUUUACCGGGCGCCAUGACGGGCAUAUUGUUUUAUUUAACACCUGAUUUUAAACAACUAGCUAAUGCACAGGUCUGGGGCGAUGCUGCGGUACAGAUAUUCUUUGCGCUCAGUCCUGCUUGGGGUGGUCUCAUAACACUGUCUUCGUACAACAAGUUCUCGAACAAUUGUUAUAAAGACUCUUUAAUCGUCGCCAUUUGCAAUAUAGCGACCUCAUUUUUUGCCGGUUUAGUUAUCUUCUCGAUCAUCGGUUUUCUAGCACACGAGCUAGAAGUGGAAGUAAAAAAGGUAGUUGAUCAGGGUGCUGGUCUGGCAUUUAUAGUCUAUCCAGAAGUAGUGACACGCUUACCGGUUUCACCCGUUUGGUCGGUUCUAUUUUUUGUUAUGUUACUUACAUUGGGACUGGACUCACAGUUCGCACUCAUGGAGACCGUUACAACUGCCAUAUUGGAUAAAUUUCCCAAUUUACGACAAUACAAAACAUGGGUUGUGCUUUUUGUUGGUAUUUUCGGUUACCUCGGUGGUCUCGGUUUUACUACGAAUAGCGGCAUGUAUUGGUUACAACUAAUGGAUAAGUAUGCUGCGAAUUGGUCGGUAUUGCUUAUCGCUAUUUCCGAGUGUGUUUUAAUCGCUUGGAUAUAUGGGUCACAACGUUUCUUGAACGACAUACAGGGUAUGAUUGGUAAAAGAUCGAAAUUCUGGAACUCAUUUUGGUCGGCAAUGUGGCGUUACAUAACGCCCGCAACACUAUUGUUUAUUCUGUUCUUCAACUGGGUCGAAUACAAACCGGCCUCCUAUGGUCAUUAUGUUUAUCCACUGUGGGCUGAUGCAGUCGGUUGGUUUAUCGGGCUGUUGCCGGUACUAUUCAUAUUCCUAAUCGCCUUCCAACAAAUUUGUAAAGCACCCAAGCAGCUGACAUUCAAAGAGCGGCUAAAACUUCUCCUUCGUCCCACCGCCGAGUGGGGGCCAGCCGGAAGGCCAUGUGUCAAUUUACACGCCGAGCGUUACGACAGUCAAAAUUACGAUGUCGUGGCCAAUACACAAGUACUCAUAAAUGGCAUGCCAACCGAUGUGUCACCCUAUGAGGACAACAGCAAUGGUUAUCGUGAUGAGGCGAUGCAACUCUGAGAGCGAGUGAGCGCAUCGUCAGCAGCGGUAGCAACAAAAGCAUCCACUGCUGUUGUGCGCAUGAGUGAUCACAUCGAUGAGGGUAUUGGUCUGCGAAUGAGUGGUAAUGGCGCUGGUAAUGGGGCUGGUGGUGGAGGUAGCGGUACAACUGUGUCGAUUAGGAAUGGCAGUCAUCCCGAAUAUGGUGCGGCUGUGGCCAUCAAGACAUCCAGCACGGCGGCAACCGCCAAACUACCCGGCCCGAGUAUAUUGAAGGGCUCAAAGAGUAACCAAGUGGCCAGCAAUGGUCGCAACAAAGGGCAAUCUCAGCCUGAGGCGAGCCCUAGUCGUCAGCCGCUAAUAGAGGCCGAGUUGCGUGCCAACGACAGCGUCGGCUCGUUCCUGAAUGAGGCGGCUGCAUUGGCGCAGCGUAAAACGCAAGCUAACGGUCAUCCCGCCGAGGUAGUAGGUGAUAAAAUUACGAAAGUAACUGCCAGUAUUAUAUUGCCCACGAAGCCGGCAAUAACAACAACCGCUACCACUGUCGCCACAAGCACAGCAACAACAAAGGUGCUUGUCGCUGGCACAAUGAGCAGCGGUCGCGAACGUAUGCUCACUACGUUCGGGGAGCGUGGUGUUGUCCCGGGGGCGGAAACGGUAAGCGCAGCAACUACAACAACAACAUUUAGCGCUGUAACAACAACCGUUACAGCAGGCCUGGGUUCAAAACCGCUAACUGCCGGCAUUAAGCCGGACACUGCAAGUAGUCUGUCACAGGUGACAACAACAACUGCAUUGGCAAAAAAUGUGCAGCCCGCAAGCACAACAGCAGCAAAACCGGCAACAUUGGAAUUGAAACAUACAACUAUGAUUACAACACCUGCGACAAUGGCAACAACAACAACAGUCAAAUCGGCGUUAGCUGGAAAGUCGACAACAACCAUCACCAGCACAGCUGCAACAGCAACAAUUGCUAAACCCAAAUUGACUGCUACACAAACACCAACAGCAACAACUGUUGCGGUAUCCGUUAAGACGCCGAUUGUUGCAGCAACCACUACAACAACAGCUGAAAGUGCUGCAAAAGCGACUACAGUGGCCGCCGUGAAGCCUGCAACAGCAACUGUUGGUAAACCUACUGCAACCACGGCACAAAAAACAAUAACAACAACAACACCCACAAUUACAACUACAAAAGCAAUUACAACGCCUGCAGCACAAACGGCUGCAGUUAAAAGCAGCGGUUCCGUGUCAGCAGCAGCUGCAACGGUUCCAAAAACCACAACAACAGCAAGCAUAAGCAUAGGCGCUAAGGCGCUCACAGACAGUAAGCCUAUAGCUUCAAUAGCAACUGUUGCUGCUAAACCGCCAACAAUAGUUGCAACAACAACAGCAGCAGCAACAACAAAAUCAAAAGCACCUGGUGCUGCUGCUCUUGUUGCGCAAACGAAUACACCACCAAUCACAACAACAACUGCCAAAGUGUCAGCCAUUGCUGCCGCCCCAACCACAACAACAAUAAAUAACACCACAAAUUUAGCUACUACAACAGCAAAUGUUGUGCCCAAGCAAUUGACAGCAGCGUCCACAACUGCAACAAUAACAACUACGAAGUCGAAUGUUGUUAGCCACCCGUCGGCGAACGCGAAUGUCGUUAUUGCACCGAUGCCUGCUGCACAGCCAACAAAAAUUGCUGCCACCAAAGUGAUCAAUGCAACAACAAGUCCGAUCACUGCGGCUAUUCAAAAGCCCACGGUGUUGUCAACAACGCCAACAGCAGAUGCUAAAUUAACAACAAUGACGACAGUUGCCACCACAACCACAACAACAACAACAGCAAGCGGUACGAAAGCGUCUAUAACUAAAACGCCGGCGGCAAUACCUAAAACAACAACAGCAACAUCAUCAACAGCGGUGCCGACUAAAAGUGUGAGCGCCAACAUGGUAACAACAACACAAUCUGCAAGCACACCAACUACAAGCGCUGCAGUUGUGAUUCCAAAAGUCACAACCACAGCAACAACGGCAACCAAAUCAGUAAUUGCUUCUGCGGUUGGCAGCACCGCCACCACCACAACAACAACAAAAUCUAUAACCACCACCGCCACAAGUAAUGUCAGCAAAAAAUAAUUGUAAGCAAAACAAAAACAAUUACUUUAGUCAUAACACCCGCUCAUCUCACAGGCGUUAUUAUAAAAGUAGAAACACAAACAUACAUACAUACAUACAUAAACCACUGGAUUAACGAAGUAAGUAUAUAAGCGCAUACUAUAUACAUAAUCUAAUAACUAGUUCAUACUAAAUGGCGGCAAUCGUUCUCCAGAACGUCUGUAGCUUUGAUGAAGUUUGAAAAAUUGCGUAUAUUAAUAAGUAUAUUUGUAUGUACUCUCACCGAAAACUGUUUCUCUGCAGUCAAAAGUAAUGAAAACAACAAAAAUAUCUACAUUACAUUCUGACAUACAUAUAUACAGAUAUUUAGUAAGAAAGAAUAUUUCUAAGGAACAAAGUAAAACGUUCAAAACGCAAAGUUCAAUCUAAGCUAACUAUUAGAGAAAAGUAUAUAACAAACAAAUUUAGUAAACAAUAAAAAUAUUAAACUAAACCCCACACUAGAUCUAAGAUCAGGUACCGCAAUUACUACUAUAUACAUAAAUAUACGUAUUUUUAAGUGAAACUUAGAAAACAAAACAAUUUCAGUUGCCAUAAGAAAAAGGGAAAGUAUUGCCAAACCGAAAGUGGAGCUUGCAAAAAGUAUCAUACCUAUGCAAAAGAAGUUUUUAUAAAAUUAAAAUUUGACGAUUUUUGUAUGUAUAUUUUACUUCUACCCAAUUAUGAUUUCAUAAAAUCUGCAAUAGUUUUGGAAAUCGAGUAUUUAAAAUUACUCAAAAUUAUAGAUUAUGUUAUAGUACAUACAUCUUGAUUAAAAAAACCCUAUCGCAGUAUUAAAUAGCCAGUCAUCAUAAACAAAAUGUAUUGUGUUCGUUCCUCAACAAUAUCAAAACUUUAAUUUCAAAAACUUCUAAAAAUUUUUCGGAUAAAAACCAUAUUAUAUGAAGAUCUAUUGGUAACUUGUACCGAACUCUUUAAAUUAAAUUCCUCUACUUCUCGAUUUCGACUCAAAAUAUACGAAAUUUAACUAUGUUGGAUUUUUUCAAGCAACAAUCAUUACCAACUUCCGUUCAAUCGAAAUUAUUCACUGCAUCGUUGAGACUAACAUAAAAUGUAACCCUAGAGGGACACCUAAGUUCCUUGAAUACUACUAAUGCAGGGCAUGCUAUCCAUCAAGCUGCUUUGUUAGCAAAAGGGAACUUAGUAACAUUGUAGGGCUCAUCACAGAGCACCUAUUCUUAAGAUCCCAUCUUCAGAAAAUUCUGAAAGUGGUUUCGGCGAAAUGCAAAGCAUGUACUUAGAAUGAUGAGACGAUGGAACAUUAUAUAUGCGAAUGCCCAGCCUUAAGCAGAAUAAACGGCAUACACAUAUUCCGCAGUAAACUGCAGGAACCUUAUGACAGGAAUCACGAAACAUUCAAGUUGGACAACUGAGAAUGCCAGUCCUGUAAAUCGACAAAGCCCUUGAGUCUGUCAUAAGUUUGUUGAGUCGGCUAAUAUCAAUUUCGGCCAGUUCACCUGGUUCGCUUUAAGUGUAGCUACCACGAUAUUUCAACAUAAGUCUGAUGUAAGAUGCACAGUGAAUAAAAAAGUGUCUCAAUUUUUCCAUCUCACCCCCGUUCGGGAUGAUUUUUAGCCUCACUGCUUGCAUACUUAUACAACAGUGUUCAGUUAGAAGUCCCACAAGUGUGACGAGGUGAACUAUGCUAAGAACAAACAAUUUGAUAGACUCUCUGGGCUAGAAGGGUUUCACAGCUUAAUAGGCUAGCGCGCAGUCCAUUGUUCUAAUGAUGGAAAAAAGAGGACAAGGAAUCACAGGCCUGUUCCAAGCUUUAUGGAGUUUGCGAACUCAUCGACUUUGGAGUUCCUCAAUAACCACUUUAAAACAACUUCAUUCGUUGCUGUCAUUUCGAGAAGUUUGAUAGCAGUAAAAUAAGGGUUUCCUAAGAAAGUACUCUGUUCAUACUUUUUUCUAAGAUUCCGCUGUAAAUAAAACAAUGACUUAAUUUAGAACCGUUUAUUCCAUGUUUACCAUUGAUAUUUUCAAAUCUCCAAUUAUUCCAGCGCGUUGGGGAACAGAUUCCAUGAAUGAGAAGUCCAAUAUUUAAAUGCUUACAAUUAAUUUUCGUAGUGGAUAAGCAAGAGGUAUGAGAACUUAAACCUUGUUGACACCAAGUAAUUGGUAGACAAUUGAUGAUAUAAAUCAGGGAGGCUUAUAAGCGUUUAUGCGGCUUCACGGAGCCAAUUUGAACAAAAAAUCAACGCAAUGUUUAUCUAUUCUAUCUUCGGCUGUACGUAGAUCUUUCUACAAAGAAAAGCCAAGUAAUAAUGUGUACCGGGUAAAAUACGGGUUAACUUGUAAAAUCACAUAAGAUUGCGACUUUAAGAAAUUCUAUAGCAGUUAAGUGGUGCAGGUUUUAAAAAUUUAAAUUUUUAUUUUCAAAAUUAGAAUUAUCAAAUGAAGUCUAAUACUAGCAACACAUUUCGGCCUACGUCACUCGCUGGUUAAUUUCAGCCAAGUCAAACAAACUACCGUUAUAUCUCAAUUAGGUCUCAGAAAUUUGAUUUGAGUCCGCCAAAUUUCAUAAGCCAUUAAAUAGUUUGUUAUAGUUUGGAUUUUAACCAAAAAAAUCAAUAAUAUUUUUAUAUUGUAUAACUACAUCAGAGGUACAUGUAGUAUGCACUUAUGUAUCACACGAGAGUUACUUAUUUACGCUCAAAGUUAACGUUGGUUCAUUGUUAUGAGUGCACAUAGCACUUAGGAAAUAUUUUUGAAAAUUGUUCUUGUAAGUACAUAAGUAGGACUUUGUAAAUGGUGUUAAUGGAUGUCGAAUAUGUACUUAUAUGUAUGUAAAUUAAGUAAUGUUGAUGUACAUGUGUAGGAAAACAAAAACCACGGUGCUACUAGUUGGAGAGAAACAGAAUAUUUUAAACAUAUGUGUGUCGGUGUAACGUAUAACGGCAGAUCGGUACAACAGAAUUAAGCCAAAAAUCGAGAAUAGGCAUAAGAAAAAUCAGUUACGUAGGUCUUAAAGUAAAGUCAUGCAAAUGUGUCGUUAUUGUUGUUGUUUAGAUGUGUAUUGUAAAGAUCUGGUAAAUGGAAUUGUGACUUGCAUUGUUGUAAGAAUCCCUUGUAUUGUUGUAGGUUGUAGGCACAUGCAUGAAUGCAUAAAUACAUAUGUAUUGGUGUAUGUAGUUAUGUAUUUAAAGGUAUAUUGAAUUUGAAUUGUAUAUUGAAUUGUAGUCCUGAAAUAGUGCAAAUUAGUGAAAUGUAUUAGUAAAUAUAUAGUACAAGCGCAUGUAGAGACCGAAUUGACUGCUGAAUAUUGUUAAUGGAGGAGAUCAUUAUUGUUGUUAUUGUUUAGGGAAGAGCAUACAUAUAUUUAGGGAAUGUUAUUGAGGUUAUGGCGUGUACUCUCACUACCUUACACGUCCUAACCUCAACUAGGUUGUAUAGAAAACUGAAGUGUUUACAGAGGAAAAGCAAAAUAAAUACUCGCAAUUAGCGGUGAGAUGAGGGAAUGAUGAAGUGGUUAAAUAUGGUACACAUAUAAUGAUUAACUUGGAUUUCAGUUUUAUUUUUUCAACUCAAUUCAGCCCAUCUGAUAUAUUAUAUUACGUCGGAAUAACUUUAUAUUGAUUUGUCCAUAUUAUGUUAGGUUUUUAACUCGGGAAAUGAUACAGUCGAUUUAGAGGUGCGAUGAGAUUUUAAGUACUGUUAUAAAGUUCCUCAGCUAAUAGUGGAUGUCUCUUCAAACUAAAAUAGAGUAAAUUAAAUAUAUUUAUUGGGCCCAUUUCGCAGACAAUACCCUUCAGCAAUCCAACGAGUAAUUGAAGACAUUUUGCAGAACAGAUUGAAAGCGUCAAGUCCACUAUUUGCCACUAGCUAACUACAAAGACAAAAUUGUGUAUUCAAAAGAGUUAUAUUUUAUCCAGCCUCAUGGGAUGGGCACCAGUAGUUCAUACUUGAAAACAAUGAUUGCUCCUUUAUCCAUUGAAUGAUAAAAUAUAUUUAGGCGUUUCUUAAACUGACAUGCUAUAAUUUCAACACGUUUCGUAGACUCUGAACGACAAAUUAUAAGGUUUAUAAGGUGGUAAACUAUCUUACCACGCAAAGCAGGUAAUCGGCUCUAAAAUUGAACUUCCACUAGACUUCAAGCAUUUUAGUUUCCAUCAACGUUUGAUAUGGAGCUGCUCUGUCAGAUCGUCGAGAGAUUCUUCCCUCGAGCGUUUAUUUAUGGAGAGGAAGGAAAAUUGAGCGUAGUCAAACCUUUUUUAUUCCAAGUUUUGAAUACUCGAUCCUGUCAGCGAGUCACUAUCUUUGAGAUCAUUUUGGUAUGACAUUAGGCUUUGUCGAUUUUCAUACCUUACAACAACAUCAUAUCUCUAUAUGUAGCUAAAUUUGGUGUCCCGUUUAUUUUACCGUCUUUGAAUUCUAAAUUUAAUUGGUCUACCUUUACAAAUGUGUUUCCUGUUAUAUAAGAUCGCAGUACAUAGCUUUGAAAAGGUGAUACAUUUAUGAUUCAAGAUAUUUGAGAUACAGUAAAACCCGUUUAAGCACCAAACCCUCUUAAAUAACCAACAUUUUUGGGCUUAGGACUAGCAACGAAGGCCUUAAGCGGUUUCUUUUAUGAACCCAACCCGGCUACGUACCUCAAAAAGCUUUAAUGGUUUUAGUGCUGUUUACGCUGUUUUAGCCGUUGUUUUGUGUGCAGAAAUCAAUGGGAGUUAUUGGAUGAUUGUGGCUUCGAGCGUCUAAAGAAGUUGUAAGAAAUGAGCUGGUCCGAAAAGAACAAAUCUAAAGCCAACUGCUAUUAUGUAAGGCUUCAAUAGUGGAAAUGAACACUAUAAGCUAGAUAUAAUUUUAAUAAAUUUCCUAAGCAAGCAUGGCGAAGUAAGAGUUUAAUCCGUUAACCUUUAAGAAAAAGAGUUUCAGGUAGUACAAUAAGUAUUCCCCUUAAUAUACUACGAUAAAAUUAUUAUCAUUCGAAAGAUUCGGAAAAUACACGGCUACAAUUGUGUUUUAACUAUAAAGUGUUUACAGGCUAUGGAAGAACUCGGAAAUCUGUAGUAUUACUCCAAUCACUUAACACUUCAAAUUGCUAAUAUUAGAGAGCUUAGUCGUUGGAACUAUGUACAUAUGUAGGAUAUAAAAAAAAAUACUAUUUACUUGAGAAUAAAUAUUCCUAAAUAUUUUUUAAAGCAUUUUGAAAUUUUAUAACAAAUUGCAAUAGACAAGAAAUAGACAACAAUUUUACAUUAUAUUUUGUACGACAUUUACAGUUAAGCAAGUAACCAAGCGUCGGGUGUCAAGGGAAAGGCAAGGAUUGCUUAGAUACUUAUGUAUAUAAAUACCUGGGUAAACGUAGUGGAUAGGAAAUGAUUUGGAAGACAUGUGAAGAGAUUGGGCAAUUUGUUAUUGAUCGCUUAAAGUACUAUGGCAGUUUACAAAUUCCUAGAUGAAAUUUAGAUUAUUCCGUUCUAAUUUUUAUAUAAAUUGAAUAAUUGUUUCCUUUCAAAAGCAACAGAAUAUAUAUGAGAGACUCAAGUACCUUUUAGCGCAAGUCAAGUAAAAUAAGCAAAUACAUACAGACAUACAGUUCUAUGUAUUAUGUACCACUAUAUACAUACAUACAAACCAAUUCAUAUGAAAAUAUAUAAAAAUGUGCGAACAAAUUACUUUAUAUGCACAUAGUUAGCUUGUAAAAUUUCUAUACUAAUCUGACUAAUGUACUUACACAAAUACAUAGUUGUAUACUUACACACAUAAAUAUACGAACUACUCAAGUAUGAAGGUAUUAUUUGAAUAAAAAUUGUUGAAAAUUAAAUUUGUGUAGUUAUUGUAAAUGUGUAAUGUAAAAUGCGCAUAGUUGUUGGUAUUGAAAAAUAUGUAUGUAGUCUAGACCAAAAAUAUUUUUAAGAACUGCAAAAUAGUUGUUUUUAUGUAUCUAAUAGAAGAAGAAGAAUACUGGCCUAUAAUCCCGUAAGCGGUAUCUACGCCAAGAUCGAAGAGGUAUAAAAGAAAGUAAACUAAACCAAACUUGAUAAUGCAAUAAACAAAAUUAUUAAAGAAUAAAUAAAGCCAAAACUAUGGAAGAGAAAGUUGCGCCACUCAAAUGUCAAUAAAUUUGUAAACCUAAAAUCCAAUUGCCAUGUGUUGAGUUAUUACCAAAAAUAGAAUAAAAUAUUAAACAAUAUGUAUUAAAAACGUUUAAAACUACUAUUACUACAUAUUAGAAUAAUAUAUGCCUAAAGUAUAAGUAUUUUUUACCGACAUUUUCUCUUGCGUAAAUCUGGCAACAAUCGAAAUCAAUCACGUCACAACUUAGCGAGUGACGUUGCUUUGUAUUCUAUGAAUCUUGAUUGCUGGUCGCAAAUAGUUGGCUGGGUGUAGGCGUUAAUUAAUAAAUGCUAUAGUAAGAAGUUAAAAACUAUUGUU